CGGGGAUAUGACUGACGAUCACGAGUUGUCUAUUGGGCCGUAGAUAAGGACGGACCGAUCAAGUCCGGGUCGGGUCAAAGCCCAUCAAAACUAUUUAACAUAACCCAAAAGCUACUCUUUGUCCCAUCUUUCCUCAAUUUGGUUAUUGUCGGGACUUCACGACACUUAUCGAUCCACUCUCCUCCGUACCACCGCUCCGACAUCUAAUCGCUGUCCACAACCACCGUAACAGCUUCACAUCCACGUCAUCUGAAUCUCCAAUUCUUACUAAAAUUAGAUUCAUCACUUCACAGAUUCCAAAAAUGAUGGGCUCAGAGAAUGACGAAAACUCCCUGACCUCCAAGGAAGAUAUGUCAAAUCUCUUCCUCCACGACGAUCCCUUAACAAGAACCAACGUCAACGGCAGCCACAACUUAUCUCCACCUCCAAUCAUCAUCACUCCCGCUGAUUCCGAUCCACUCUCCACCACCAACCCUCCAAACAGUAACAUCGAACCUCCUCCGUUUUACGCAGACGUCAUCUUCAGCUCUUUCGACGACAACAACGCCUCAGAUGAUUAUUACAUCCCUCACUCCUCAGAUGAUUACAUCAAGAUCACUGUUUCAAGCCCUAAGAAGGAGCAGGAGACAGAAAGAUCCAUGCUUUCCUCCGGAGGCAGUUAUGUAACUUACCUGAUCACGACGAGGACGAAUCUUCCGGAGUAUAAAGGAACGGACUUUACGGUUAGGAGACGGUUUAGGGAUGUCGUGACGUUGGCGGAUAGGUUGGCUGAGGCUUAUAGAGGGUUUUGCAUCCCGCCGAGGCCGGAUAAGAGCGUGGUGGAGAGUCAGGUGAUGCAGAGGCAGGAGUUUGUUGAGCAGAGGAGAGUUGCUUUGGAGAAGUAUUUGUGUCGGCUUGGUGCUCAUCCUGUGAUUAGGUGUAGUGAUGAGUUGAAGAUUUUUCUUCAGGUAGAAGGGAAGUUGCCGUUGAAAAUGGGAACAGAUGUGCCAGGUGAAGGAGGAGGAGGGGGCUCUGUGGUUGAGGUGGCUCAGCCGGUUAGAGGGGGUAGAGAUUUGUUUAGAGUGUUUAAAGAGCUUAGACAGACAGUUUCUAAUGACUGGGGUGGAGCUAAGCCAGGUGUUGUGGAGGAAGAUAAAGAGUUUUUGGAGAGGAAGGAGAAGAUGCAUGAUCUUGAGAAAGAGAUUAUUAAUGCCUCACAGCAGGCUGAAACACUUGUCAAGGCACAGCAAGACAUGGGGGAGACGAUGGGAGAAUUGGGGUUAGCAUUCAUUAAGCUGACGAAGUUUGAUAAUGAAGAAGCUGUAUUCAAUUCUCAGAGAGCUCGUGCUAAUGAUAUGAAGAAUUUAGCCACUGCAGCUGUAAAAGCUAGCAGGUUUUACAGAGAACUGAACUCUCAGACGGUUAAGCAUUUGGACACACUCCAUGAUUACCUUGGCGUAAUGAUGGCGGUCCAAGGCGCAUUUGCAGAUAGAUCUAGUGCCUUACUGACACUGCAGAUGCUUCUAUCUGAGGUUUCUUCACUUGAAGGAAGAGCAGAGAAGCUAGAAGCUGCAUCUGCAAAGGUAUUUGGCGGGGACAAAUCAAGGGUUAAGAAGAUAGAGGAGUUAAAAGAAACCAUCAAAGCCACUGAAGACGCCAAAAAUGUAGCCAUCAGGGAUUAUGAGCGGAUCAAGGAAAAUAACAGGAGCGAGGUUGAAAGGCUGGACAGAGAAAGACGUGCAGACUUCUUGAAUAUGAUGAAGGGCUUUGUUGUUAACCAGGUUGGAUAUGCAGAGAAGAUGGCCAAUGUGUGGACAAAGGUUGCAGAGGAGACUUGUCUAUACAAUAGAGAUAGCUCUUAACAAGAGAGCAGCCUGUAAUUUUUUAUUUUCUUAUUCUUUACUGAUGAUUUUGUGCUUUACACAGUUUCACUUUGGUGUAAAAGAACAACAUAAAAAAAAAAAAACAGUGAAAUACUCCAUAAACAAGAUUUUAUUACAUUCAAGUCCACAUUGUUGAGGAUUAGAUUCCCAGAAAUUGAAAUAUUGUUUGAGUAAUAAAAACGAAAAGGAGUGAAUAAAUUCAAUAGUAUACAAAUAUGAAGAAAACGUAUAUGAAUGGUAAUGUUUAAUAAGCUUAGGCUCGAACGCGUGACAUGGCAGAUGUGGCAAUAGCAGCAGCAGCUGCGUUUGAAGCAGUUUGGUUGAAAAAUGUGAAAAGACCAGACCCAAUGGCUUCUUGCUCCUCAAGAAACAAAUCUUCAGGCGCACGAAACGCACCGUGUACAGCCACAGCCAUCAUCCCAAUAGCCAGUGUAGACAUCAAGAGCGAGCCAACGCUCGUCAUGAACAUCACCACCACAGUACAAAGACAGAGCAUCGCUAGCGUCUCCAAGUCAGAGAACGUGCGUCCUCCGAUGACCAAGGGCUGCUCAGCCGGACGGAAAACGUAGAGGAAAAGCCAAGAAGCGGCGAGUGACGCGAGGAGGAAGAGUGCGAAAGGGUGUGAGAGGAGAGAGGCUGCGAGCAAGAUUGCUACUAAGGUUAUGUAGUUGGAUUUGAAGUAGGUGUAGUUCUUUCUUACUCGUGACGCUGCUUCUGAGAGAGAUGGUGGCCGUGAAAACGCUGAACGGUCGAUGAGUUCUGUCCAGGGACGAGCUUCGGAUGUAGCGUGACGUACGGAGGCUAGAACGCGGGAAAAGAGGACACGUAGAGAGGUGAGUAACUGUGGAUCAUUGCCACUACCUGGGAGGUGAUCAGGAGAAGUUGAAGUUGGGAGAAGAGGAGAAGCCAUUGAGAGAGAGACAGAUCUAGUUUUUUC